CGCCCAUCACCUGACGAAAACGAAGACGAGGACGAAGAGCAGAGAGAUGACAGCUGCCUCCGCCUUGCCGAGCUUGCGAAAUGCGGGACCACCAUCUCAGGCCGGCGACGAGCACACGGCCAAGCCAUGGAAGUCCACGACGGCGGAGUUCACAGCAGGGUUUAAGGAAGAUCCAGGAGUGUACCCGGUGGGUCCCUGUCCCAGAAUAUCUGAAACGAAUAUGUAACACCAAAACGGCACCGUCUGUGCUCGUUAAGGACUCAAACCCCCGGGGCUCGCAAAGUACGGAAAGAAAACCCAGUCGGCGGAGGGUGAAAUUACCGAAUUGCUACUUCUGGAGCUUCAUCGAUCACAGUAGCGGAAUCAAACACCUCUGUAAAAAAGGAUGCUAAAAUGGAGCUUCCUUGGCCUGUUGCGGAGGCGUUUGGUGUCGUCGGUGGCGGUGGCGGCAGAGUCGCCUAUUGUUCAAGUUGAUUGGCAUAGGGGCCACUCCUGGUUCAAUAAGGCAUUGUAUCCAACACCUGGUUCGAGCUCUGGCGGUGCGGUGGCUGGUUUGGCUAGCUCAUUGGGAAAUCGUUAUUUCCAUGCCUCAGGGUUUUGCCGCGCACCUGAACGAGAUUAUUAUGAGACUCUCGGUGUUUCGAAAAAUGCAAGCGGAGAUGAGAUUAAAAAGGCUUUUCGCACGCUUGCCAAGAAAUACCAUCCAGAUGCAAAUAGGGACAAUCCUUCUUCUAAAAGAAACUUUCAAGAGAUAAGAGAUGCCUAUGAGACUUUGCAAGAUCCUGAAAAGAGGGCACAAUAUGACAGGAUGCGCUCAAGUGGGUCGGAAAACGUAGGAUAUACUGCUGGAGGUGCAGAGGGGUUUAGAAAUGAGAAUCAAAGUCACGGUAGUGCUGGGGCACAGGGGUUUAGAUAUGGUUUUGAAACUAAUUUUUCCAGUUCAUUCCAUAAAAUAUUUCAAGAGAUCUUUGAACAUGAGUUCGAUCAAGCUGGAUCAAAUAUCCAGGUGGAGUUGUCACUUUCUUUCCCUGAAGCUGCUAGAGGAUGCACAAAGCAUCUCUCUGUCAUUUCACAUGUUCCCUGUGAUUCGUGCUAUGGGCGUGGCUAUCCACUAAAUGCCAAGACCAAAGUUUGUCCUACUUGCAGAGGUAUUGGGAGAGUUACAGUUCCUCCAUUCACAUCAACAUGCAGUACGUGUAAAGGAUCGGGCCAAAUAAUCAAGGUUGACGAAGAUCCUAUCUUUGCUAGAGAUGGUGCGGAUCUUUAUGUGGACUCUAAUAUUAGCUUUACACAAGCGAGGAUGAUUCCUUGCAUUCAUAUGCCUAAUAGCCACCUUGUUUCUACGUCUACAUGAUGAGAUAUUUUCUUUUGGCAACGUCUGGCAUUGAAGGCAAUUUUCGUUGUCCUGUUGUCCCGUGUCGUACCCAGUGCACAAGGCUCCCGCUUUACGCAGGGUCUGGGAGAGGCUAUUCUUGGUGGUACGGUUGAGGUACCAACUUUAUCUGGGAAGAUAGAAGUAAAAAUACCAAAGGGGGUUCAGCCUGGACAACACCUGGUACUCAGAGGCAAAGGACUGCCAAAACAUGGUUUUCUAGUUAAGCAUGGAGAUCAAUAUGUGCGAUUCCGAGUUAAAUUUCCCACUGAAAUCAACGAACAGCAAAAUGCUAUAUUAGAAGACUUUGUGGAGGAGGAAAUUAUUCAUGGAGACGGUACUUCCAAUUCCAACAAAAGAGAUUGGUUUCAGAGAAUCCUUGAACGUGUUUCGGAGCCUAGGUUUAUGCUUCAACUCUCGAUAUUCGUAUUGAUCCUUUUGUUGCUGAACAAAUCCAUGGGCUCAAUGCUGGCCCCAGGCAAUUUUGAUCGAGAUACAUAGACCACUUUACAGUGAUAUAGAGAAUGCCGUCUUUCCCAUUCUUUGGAGUUCCUGUUAAUUAAAGGAUGAACGUUCGUACAAGUUAAUUGGAGUUGUUGAGGAUUUACGUAAAGGAGUUGUUGAGGAUUUACGUAAAGGAAAUGUUAUUGCAAAAUAUUUUGGUGACCUAUAAUUGAAAAACGAUAUGCCCUGUUUUAAAUGUUUAACAUACGUUUAUACAAGUUCGGGCAGUAUUUAUGAGCCCUUGACGAAAAAAAAGUUAUUGAAUAAGAGUGGUGCAUGUGUUUAUUUUCGCCA